CUGUGUUCAGUGUCAAUGGAACAGUUGAGUGAAAAUGUUUUGUGUGGCAAGAGACUUGUGCUAACACCACUGUUAUAUUUACAGUACAGUUAUUAUGAUGCUGUGGUAACUUCGAGUUUGGCCUAAAUGGACGACUGUAGCGUUUGGAUUACAGUUCAUAAAAAUUUUUCCGUAUACGAUUACAACUGAUGACAUGGCGCUAAUACGAUUCUGCUGUUGCUGUUUUAGCUUGAGAUCUGGGAUGUUGUUGUUGGGUUGGUCACAAGCAUUGGUAUCUCUCCUGGCUCUUAGUAGUGUGGUCAUGGCAGAUACUACAGGACCUCAUGAAAACAUAAUUACAUUGUUCGGUAGUACUUUAAGAGUUCUGUACGUAUUUCUGGGAGGCAGCGUCAUUCAAACCAUCGCUGCUGCAUUCCUGCUGUAUGGAGUUUAUAGGAGAAAGAGUCUCUACGUACUGGAGUAUGUGAAACUGGAAACUGUGAUCCACAUCGCGUCUCUUAUUGAGUUGUUCCUCGUCUUCAUUUUGGAGCAUUCCAUAAUAUCAAGUGUAGACACCUUCACCUUCGUGGGGUUUCUCGCUCUGAAUUACGGUCUAGCGGCAUACUACCUCCUGGCAGCAUACAGCUACUAUAGAAUCAUUACUGAAGAAGACGUCUACACACCGUUAAUGCAGACGUGAUCUCUGUGAAACCAUUAUCAAGAGACAUGUUGCGUUCCUUGUGAUAGGUUGAUAUUAGUAUUUCGAACUAUUACAGUGUACUGAUCUACCCCAGUUAUACGUAAUUAUAUUACAGUAGAUUUACCACAAUCAAUACCGGUAGGGAGUGUGAUAUGUGAGUGUCUUCAGAUUUGUGAGAACUUCAUUAGAGAGUUACUUUUUUGUGAUAUUUAUGAAAAAUUAUAACUUAAUUGUUUAUUUUAAUAGUAUUUUAUAAUACUGUACAUGACUACUACUUUAUCUCACAAUAAUACGCAAAGGAAUAUAUAAUUAAAUAUAAUUUAAUUUAUCCAUUAAAAUAUAUUUUUGUAUAAGAAUUGUAUAUUUAUAUUGCCUGUUCAAUGGAGAGAGCAUUUGCACUGUAUCUGAAAACAUAAAACUGACAAGAACAGCUGUGAUGCUUAGGAAUUAUUGUUGGUAAAUAUAUAAAUUUAAAUAAAUACACCACGAAAUAAAGUAUAAAAUAAAAAAAAUUACAUACGUAACAGGC